AUGGCUUCUACAUUACGAGUAUGUCGCGCCGCUGGUGCAUCUAGCUCUGCCCUGCGACAAGCCGCCCGCCGCCCGUCACAGCGCGCAGGCAUUUCCACAGCAGUACGAGCACUGCGCCCAAGCUUACAGCAAAGCACAACGAGCAUUUCUGCCCGUCAAACACCGACAUCGUCGUCGUCGUCGUUUCACACAAGCUCACGGAGAGGUGCGGAGCGCGCAGAUAUGCCCGGCGGCAACCCGGCCGCCACAUCGCUGGCACAACUCGACGUCCUCGCCAACACACCCGCGCCGUCGACGGCGGUCGACAUCACCAUGUCCUCGGGGUUCCAGCUCAACAACGGCACCCGGGUGACGGACGGCUCGGGCGUGCUCCUCGUGAGCGGCGAGGCCUUUGGGUGGAGGCCGUGGGAUUUCUCCUCGUCGUCGCCUCCGACAAGAUCACCGAAGACGAACUUCCGGCUCCUGAACAAGAAGGGCCAGUUCGACAUCCACCCGGAAAGCCUGAAUCUGCUGGCUCAGAUAUACCCGAGGCCAGAUAUCCUGGUCAUGGGGCUGGGACAGGAAAACCGACCCCUGAGUCCGGAGCUCAGGAAGGCGAUCAGCGCGAUGGGCAUACGUGUCGAGGUGUUGGAUACGAGGAAUGCGGCGGCACAGUUCAAUCUGCUAGCAACAGAGAGGGGUGUCGACGAUGUCGCGGCUGCGCUCAUACCCAUCGGCUGGGUCGAGGGCAAAGGCGCUGGAGAAGGUGACGAGGGAGACAUGACGCAUGAGUAA